AUGUCAAUGUCCAACUCUACUUCUCACACAGAUCCAUUGCAGCGUGACCAUUUUGCGUUUGGUGCAGGUUGCCGCAUAUGUCCGGGCAUUCAGAUUGCCAAGCAAGACAUGUUCCUUGCUUUCUCCAGACUCCUCUGGGCUUUUGAGUUCUCAGCCCCUCCUGGUACCCAGGUCAAUACUGACCAGAGUGCGUUCUUUGGAGAGACUGUGCGCCGUCCAAAGCUGUUUGAGGUGGUCAUCACUCCUUGCUCAGCAAAGCAAGUGGCAACAAUCAAGAGAGAGAUGGAGCUUGCUAAACAGAACGUAUUCUCACUUUAUGGAUCCUACAACGGCAAUAAACUCCCAGAUUUUGAUAUUUGA